AAUCCGUAUUUUUAUAAGUUACAUGUUAGAAUUAUUCUUGGCAGGCGCCAAAAGUUAGACUGAGCCCGUUAGUCAAACAUAAUCAAGCGUAACAAAAAAUUGUUUCUAUAGUCUUACAAUCUGCUAUUGCCACUACUUUUGUUUCAGUAUUUUCUGUUUAAUAACCUAAUUAAAUAUAAUUAUAUAGUUCCGAUUAAUUCGACUUUAUAACGAUAGAACAGGAAGCGUAUAUACCUACAUAAAUAAUAUUAUGUUUCACUUCUGAUAUUAUGCCUUCAAGCAAGCUAGAAUUCUCUGAUAUGUCUUACGAGCUGUCCAACAUGAGGAGAGAGCCCAAGGGCUGCCACGUCAGCCCGGUGAUUGGGUUCAUCUUCGUGCUGCUGGCCGCGGCCAUCGCCGUCGGUGUGGGCAUUAUUGUCCAUUUCGCGGGCGGAAGCAAGGAAGUCGUCUGCAAGUGUGAUUCCCAGGUGGACGAAGUGUUGCAGCAGUGUAUGAGACUGGCCCGUGCCGGAAAUAUGGAAAUAUGUCAGCUAUGUCCAGCAAAUACCCCAGUAGCAGCACUCACCACCACGACGUCACGCACGACAGCGGGCAUCGCCGAGGAAACAACUCUUUCGUCCGACGCUCCGUCUACGACAUCCACCGCCCCCAGCACUUCGACGACGGAGGGGCCGGUGCUGAAUGUCCGACUCCCCACCUCCGUCACGCCACUGCACUACAACCUGGAGAUACAGACAUACAUGAACUCCACUGAUCCAACAGAUUUUAAAUUCAAGGGUCAUGUCAAGAUUUGGGUCAAGUGUCACGUGGAGACAGACAGCGUCACCCUCCACUCACUGUAUCUGAAUAUAGACAAUAGCUCCAUAGGUUUCAUGGAUCAGUCUCCUGAUCCUGCAACUGACCCAAAGUACGUCACAUACGAGGUCGAUGACUUCCGGCAGUUUUUGAUCUUCAGAUUGGACAAGGCCAUGCGGGUCAACAGGACCUAUGUCCUAGAGAUGAGCUACAGUUCAAACAUCAGCAACACGCUGGUUGGUCUUUACUACUCCAGGUACUCCAGGAACGGAACUGACGUGUAUCUAGCUACCACGUCCUUCCAGCCCACUGAUGCCAGGAAGAUGUUUCCUUGCUUCGAUGAGCCGGCCAUGAAGGCAAGUUUUAACGUCACACUGGUCAGACCCAUCGACAUGAUUUCGCUGUCCAACGUGGAGCUUUUGGACAGCAGGGAAACUUUCCUCGACGGCAGCAUCACCUACGUGAAGGAUGUGUUUGGUCAGUCAGCCAUCAUGCCGACCUACUUACUGGUCAUCGCAAUCUGUGACUUUACCUACCUGAACGCAACUACCAACAAAGGCAAGGAGUUUCGAACCUACGCCGUUCCGGCGCUUGUAAACUCGACCAAGUACUCUCUGGAUAUCGGAGUAAAAAUUCUAGACUACUUAGAAGAAUUUUUCAACAUUUCCUACCCUCUUCCGAAAUUAGACAUGAUUGCUCUUCCUGAUUUUGUAUCUGGAGCUAUGGAACACUGGGGUCUCAUUUCAUACAGUGAGAGGGCGCUGUUGUUUAAAGAAGGGGAGACAAACGAACGGGACAAAGAGUAUGUAGCUAUAGUUGUGUCCCAUGAGCUGGCUCACAUGUGGUUUGGCAACCUGGUCACCAUGUCCUGGUGGGAUGACCUCUGGCUGAAUGAAGGCUUCGCCAGUUACGUGGAGAACCUUGGAGUGGACCACGUGGAGCCGGACUGGAAGAUAUUUGAUACUUACGUAGUUCAGUACAUGUACACAGCUCUAGCCAAUGACGGACUUGUGUCAUCACAUCCGCUCUAUGUCCCCGUCAAUCAUCCUGACGAGAUCAACGAGAUAUUCGAUUCUAUCUCUUAUUCGAAGGGUGCUGCUGUAGUGAGGAUGAUGAGUCAUUUUCUGGGCUUUGAUGUCUUCAAGAAAGGCUUGACAAAAUACCUUGAAACGUUGGCGUACAAGAAUGCCUUCCACGACGACCUGUGGAACUUCAUGACUGCUGCAGAGACAGCUGGUGCAGAUUCAAAUCGAAUCGACGUCAAGGAAGUCAUGGAUACUUGGAUCUUACAGAUGAAUUAUCCAGUGGUGACUGUCAAACGAGUGGAUAACUCCAACACACAACUUCUUGUCAGCCAGGCCCGGUAUCUCGCAGACCGCAACGCCACUGAACUAGGAAAAUACGAGUCGCCUUUCAAUUAUACUUGGAUCAUUCCGCUGACCUUCACCUCCAACAGCAGCAGGAACUUCAACCAAUCAAAUCAAGUUGUUUACUGGCUAUGGAAAAACGAAAGUACAAAAGUAAUAACUCUAAAAGAGACGCUACCAUCUAGUAGAAAUGGCUGGAUCAUUGCCAAUAUUGACGAAGUAGGCUACUACAGGGUCAACUACGACGAGGACAACUGGAAGGCCUUGACUGACCAGUUACAAGAAGACCAUGAGGUGAUACCUGUCAUCAACAGAGCUCAGAUUAUAAACGACGCCUGGAAUCUAGCGAAGGGCAACUAUCUGUCUUUGAACAUAGCGUUCUCAACGCUAGACUAUCUGGACGAAGAAACGUCUUACCAGCCCUGGCAUGCUGUCCGGCGCGAGUUGACCUACAUGGACCAGAUGCUGUCGUUGAAUGGGAUCUACGGACAGUUCCAGAGAUUUUUGAGAUGCAAACUCCAGAAACCAUACCAAUAUUUUGGAUGGAAUAAUACAGGAUCAAGUCAUUCCGACAUCCUCUCCAGGACCCUGAUAGCCAGUCAAGCGUGUAAAUUUGGAGUACCUCAGUGCCUGCAAGAAGCCAGUGAGCAGUACAGGUCGUGGAUGGAUAACCCCAGUAUUAACCCAAUCGACACCAACUUCCGAUCUUUCGUUUCGUGCUACGCUGUCUCCAGAGGUGACUGGGACGAGUGGAAUUUUACAUUCACAAAAUACCUAGAAUCCGAGCUGUCAACGGAGAGGCUGACUCAUCUACAAGCUUUGUCCUGUACCCGCCAGCCAUGGAUACUGAACCACUACAUGGAGUUAAUACUGUCUGAGAAUUCCUCGAUACGUUUCCACGAGCGUCUGAACGUGAUUACGAAUGUGGCUUCUAAUGACAUAGGACGAGCCCUGGCCUGGAACUUCUAUAAAACAAACUUCAAGAGACUUAAAGAAUUAUAUGGUGCCUCAUUCUUCAGUUGGCAGAGAUUGCUGGCGUCUUUAACUAGCAAUUUCAACACAGCAAUGGAACUUAAAGAGUUGACUGACUUCCAGGCUCAAGAGGAAGGCAAUCUAUCAGAAAUAUCAACGACAUUGUCACAGGCCAUUGACAAGGUCAAGGCCAACAUUAAAUGGAUGGAGAACUACCAACCACAUAUUCGUCAGAUAAUUACAGAAAAACUAGCCCAAUCCACAACUUGUCAAUGAUUCUAUUUCAUACCAUAUUUUUAAUGUAAUGUUUAACAUUUUUUUACACUGAUUACAAUAUUUAUUGUAAGAAAAAUGUUUUUUUUUUAUUUAAUGUAUAUAUUUCGGAAAUACAAUAUAUUUUUUAC